AUGAAGUAGAAAAUUACGAAGUAUCCGCUUUUCAGGAAUUUUUUUUAGCCGUAGAAUCAAAUUCCAGGAGGAAACAAUCCAUCCAAAUUAAUCGGUCUAAAUAUUCUGUCGGCGGGGUUCGACCAGGGCACAAUAUUAAAAAAUCUCAGCGUUCACAGGGUUUGCAAAAAUGGAGGCGAUCGAUUUCAGAAACAAGCAUAUCUUGGCUCCCAUGGUGCGCGUGGGAACCCUUCCAUUCAGAAUUCUGGCUGCUGAAUACGGAGCAGAUAUCACAUAUGGGGAAGAGAUUAUAGACCACAAAGUGGUCAAAUGCUAUCGUCAGAUAAAUGAAACUCUUGGAACUGUUGAUUACGUGGAUAAAGGAACAGAUGAUGUUGUUUUCCGGACUUGCAAUCAAGAAAAGCAUCGUGUAAUCUUUCAGAUUGGGACUGCGAAUGCUGUACGUGCUCUAAAUGCAGCUCAGCUUCUGUGUAAUGAUGUAGCAGGUAUUGAUGUUAACAUGGGUUGUCCCAAGUCCUUUUCAAUAAGUGGUGGCAUGGGUGCAGCUCUAUUAGCCAAGCCAGAGCUAAUUCAUGAUAUACUGACGACAUUAAAGAAAAAUUUGGAGAUACCUGUAACAUGUAAGAUACGUUUGCUUAAAUCACCUCAUGAUACGGUUGAAUUGGCGAGGAGAAUAGAAAAAACAGGUGUUUCUGCUAUUGCUGUUCAUGGGAGGAAAGUUGAAGAUAGGCCAAGGGACCCUGCACAGUGGGAUGUGAUUGCUCAGGUGGUUUCUGCAUUGUCUAUUCCUGUCAUUGCCAAUGGCAAUGUUUUUAGUUAUGAAGAUUUCCAAAAGAUAAGAGAUGCAACAGGAGCUUCGUCCGUCAUGGUGGCAAGAGGCGCUUUAUGGAAUGCAUCCAUUUUCAGGCCUGAAGGAGCAUUGCCUUGGGAAGAUGUGAAGAGAGAAUACAUGCGUAAGAGCCUUUUAUGGGACAAUAGUAUAAAGUAUACAAAACAUACUUUGAAGGAGAUGAUCAAUCAUCAUUCUUUUAUCGAGCUUCCUGAGGGAAAGGCUAUUACUAAAUGUCAAACAUUAGCAGACUUGGCUGAUCUUUAUGGACAGAGAGACUUCUAUAGAACAGUUCUAGAAGAUCGUGACUUAUUGGUUGGUACAAGGAAGCUUAAACUUUCUUGAGGACAGUACUCAUUAGCUUGCCAGUCAUUGCAAUUGUCAGGAAUUCCAGUCUCAAGGACCUCCAAAACAGCUUUAUAUUUUUCCAUAAACAUCUGCAGUGGUAAAAUGCCUCGCAGUCAAUUGCCCAUACAAUAUGGUGUAUUCACUCCACAUAAUAGGAGUAUGAUGUGUUUACAUGAUUUCUUCUUCUGGAAAAUGAAGUGGAAAUCUACAGCCAGGAAAACUUUUCAAUAGAAUAUAUGGAAAUGACAUUCGAGAGUUUACUUCCAAAUCUGAAGAGAGCUUUCGUUGUUUUAAAGCAUUGAUUAAUUGGCCUUUUAAACCAGAAAAUAUUUUUCAGCUGCAGCCUGUAGGAGAAUCCUGAAAGCAGCUAUUUUUUCACAUGUCAUCAAGACAUUGACCAUACGGAUGACAUUUAGCUUACCCUAACAGAAUAAUAUGAUAUCUACUGAUAUUGUUUUGUUCAAUUUUUCUCACAGACCAUCAUCAAUUAUAUUAUUCUGUAUCCAGCAUUCAGUGCUGGUUGAUGUCUAUAAACAUUUAUUACAGAAGCACCAUCUACACAA